AUGUAUUACAAACCAAGAUACAACAGAAAAUCACACAGAGCUGCCGGUCGCAGCAGACCGGCCAGACCCCACCACAGGGGCCACAGAGGCAGAAGAUAUUCUGGCUACCACUACCCACAGCCUUCUAACUCCAAGGUCUACAUCGAAGAACCAGAGACCGAAGAGGAGGAGGAGAGUGGAAGCGAAUACGACGUUUCUCCUGAGGACGAGGUGUACGAAUUCGGCCUUGACGACAACUCCGACAACGAAUACGCAGAUGUCGUCUACGACGAUGAGUCUGACUUUGACACCGAGUCUGAGUCCGAUGGCAAAGAAGAAGUUUUCAUCAUCGCCAACGACGAUGUUGUCGACAUCAACGACAUCUUGGCCGAGGACGCCUUGAACUACAUGGAAGCUGAGGGUGCUCUCAGAGACGUCAACGAUGACUUGGUCCGUUACUACGACCUGGACUCCGAGUCUUCCGACUCUGACUUGAGCUCUGAGGUUUCUGAGGCCUCCGACGACGACAGCGAAAUUGACGUUGAGCUCGAUUCUGAAAUUGAGGACCUCCAAAAGACUCUCUACCUUUUGUCUGGUGAGGCUGACGAUGACAGCGUUACCGACCUUGAAAUCGACACUGGUGAUGAGUUGGAGGAUGUCAGACAAACUUUUGCUGACGAGCUCGACUCCAGCGACGAAGAGGAUGUUUCCGACUUGCUGAGCGACUCGGACGACGACGUCUUCUUCGAAGUUGGUUCCGACUACGACUCUUCUGACGAUGAAUCCUCUGACGACGACAUUGCCGUGGACGAGUACUUGUCCGACUCCGACAGCUCAGACUCGGACUCUUCCGACGACGAAGGCAUCACAAUCUACAGGCAUAGAUUCGACUUGCCAGACCGUUACGACAGCGACAACGACUCUACCGAUGAGGAGUUGGCACUUUACCAGCCUGAGCAGAAAUACCUCUUGGCUAACGACCUGGAUGACGAAUUUGACGUGAUUGACUUGACCAAAGACCUUAAAGACUCCAAGGACUGCGAGGUUCUUGAGCUUGACGACAACACCUACAAGUUAAACCUCAGGUUGCCAUCCUUGAUCAAGGAGGACCUCAAGAUCGACUUUUCCAAGGCCAAGAACGAGUUGGUGAUCACGGGAAAGUUUAGCUUUACUGGCGAAGAGUCUGAGGAGUCUGACGUCGAAGAAGAGGUUUCCGAGGUUGACAAAAUAGCCGAGGCUCUUGAAGCUGAGGAGCCAGAGGCCAAGAGCUGGAGCUGGAGCUCGAGCUCUGAGUCCGACUCCUCUGACUCUGAAUCAUCCGAUUCCGAUUCCGAUUCCGAUUCCUCCUCUUCCUCUUCAAGCUCCUCCGAGUCUGAGUCUGACUCUGAUGAGGAGGUCGUCGAGGAUGCACAGGACCUUAUCAAGGAUUUCCAGAACCAGGAGAUCCAGUUCGAGAAGCACUUUGUCUUCGACAAGAUCAUCAAGGCUGACGAGAUCCAGGCCAAGUUCUUGGCUAACGGUGAGUUGGAGAUGAUCCUCCCAAACGAAGGUGUUGAGGUUAACCAGGACACCGACAAGAUUGCCAUUACCAUUGAGUCCGCCGAUGAGGCUGCUGAGCCUGCCGAGGACGUUGCUAUGGAGGAGUAA